AUGCCAGCCUCUACGCACUCACAAGAUGAAUCCAUGCCAGAUGCGGGCCUACAGUCUCAAGGAGAGCAGGAGCGUGAGUAUGAAGACCCUGCAGGGUAUGACGCAGAUGAGUUCGAGGUGGAUGGACGGAGAAUAACCAUUGUUUCCUUCCUGGUCUUAGGUCAUCGUCUUUUCGCGGCUAUUGGAUCCGUUCUCUCCACUGUUAAUGUCCUCUGUUUUCUACCCGGAGCCACUGAAACGGCUGUAUCAUUUCAAUUUGACAGGGAAGAUCACACCCUUGGAAACGCAUUGAGAUAUGUGAUCAUGAAAAACCCCAAAUUUCUAACAUAUUCAUCCAUCAUCCGCAGUCCCGAAGUUGAAUUCUGCGGCUACACAAUGCCACAUCCAUCAGAAGCUAAAAUGAAUCUACGCAUUCAAACGUAUGAAACAACAACUGCCAUUGCUGUUCUAGAAAAGGGAUUCGACGACCUGAUGGAUCUGUGUGACGUAGUGACAGAGACUUUCACGGAGGCCAAAAAUGCUUUUGAUGGUAGCAAGGGUUAA